CUCCUCCUUUAUCUCUUUAAUAAAUCCAAAUAAUUUAAAAUAAUUCAAAACUCAACCAAAAAAAAAGAGAGAAAAAAAAAAAACUGAAACGGCCUGAAUCAAUGUCUACCGCCGCCGCCGUAUCACCGCCGGCGAAACGAAGAAGAAUAGUCACCGGAAAUGAAAACUCGGCUUUAAUCGAAGGACUUCCUGAUCACAUAUCAGAGAUCUGUCUUUCCAAAGUUAACCGUCCGUCGUUACUCUCCGCCGUAUGUUCACGGUGGCGCCGUCUUCUUUACUCGCCGGAAUUUCCUUCGUUUCCGUCUCUCUACGCGCUUUUCGUUGAUUCAAACUCGGAUCCGGGUCGGGUCAACCCGUCAGUCCGGUUUAUGUGUUUUAACCCGGUUUCUUCAAAAUGGUAUCCGCUUCCUCCUCCUCCGCCUGACCCGCCUCUUCACCGGAUUCUCUACCGUCAUCCGUCGUUUAUCUCUUUUAAUUUACCGAUUCAAUGCGUCUCCGCCGCCGGGAAAAUCAUUCUCAUCGCCGGAAGUAAUCAACAACUCUCUCCGGCGAUCUCUCACCCGUUAAUCUUCGAUCCAAUUUCAUCAUCAUGGAGCUCCGGUCCUCAAAUCGGAUCUCCAAGACGGUGGUGCGCCACCGGAGCUUGCGACGGAGCUAUUUACAUCGCAAGCGGAAUUAGUUCUCAGUUCUCCUCAACCGUCGCGAAAUCAAUCGAGAAAUUAGAUCUAACCGAUCAAAACCGUAAUAACCGGCGGUUUAAUUGGGAGAAAUUAAGAGAUAUGAGAGAUUUACGGUUUAGUCGGGAAGCUAUAGACGCCGUUGGAUAUAGAAGAAAGCUUUUAAUGGUAAAUGUAAAAGGAGACGCUAUUAAAGAAGGAGCUAUAUACGACGUCGUUAAAGAUGAUUGGGAAGCUAUGCCGGAGGAGAUGUUGGUUGGAUGGAGAGGUCCGGUGGCGGCGAUGGAGGAGGAGAUUCUUUAUUCGGUGGAUGAGAGGAGAGGGACAGUGAGAAAGUACGAUGAUGAGAACAGAGAGUGGAGAGAAGUGGCGGUUGUGGACGGUGGAGAAGAGUUACUUAAAGGAGCUACGCAAGUUACGGCGGAUUCCGGGAAACUUUGUGUUGUUACGGUUGAUGGGAAAAUUGUUGUGGUGGAUGUUGCGGCGGAGCCGGCGAAGAUUUGGAAUGUUGAGAUUCCUGAUGGGCUUGAACCGGUUUCGGUUCAUAUCUUCGUCAAAACCCUCACCGGAAAAACCAUAACCCUAGAGGUCGAAAGCAGCGACACCAUCGACAAUGUCAAAGCCAAAAUCCAGGACAAAGAGGGAAUACCACCUGAUCAACAGAGGUUGAUAUUUGCUGGUAAGCAACUUGAAGAUGGUCGAACAUUAGCGGAUUACAAUAUCCAGAAAGAGUCGACUCUUCACUUGGUCUUGAGGCUUAGGGGUGGGACUAUGAUUAAGGUCAAGACUCUCACUGGGAAGGAAAUUGAGAUUGAUAUCGAACCAACCGAUACUAUUGAUCGGAUCAAGGAACGUGUUGAGGAGAAAGAAGGUAUCCCUCCAGUUCAACAAAGGCUCAUCUACGCCGGAAAGCAGCUAGCUGAUGACAAAACGGCAAAAGACUACGCCAUAGAGGGAGGCUCUGUUCUUCAUCUGGUUCUUGCUCUUAGGGGUGGUUUUGGUCUUCUCUGAGAAACUCUUGAAGAUAUCUUUUUCUGUUUUCCUUUGUAUGGCUUGUUGGAGUCUAUGGGAAAAAGUGAAUACAAUUUGAAUAUGAUGCUUUGAAUAUGAUGCUGUUUCAGUGGGUUUGGAUUAUCUUACCAAUAAUCUGUUAAAUAUCGA